UGAGCUGGCUGUCUUCUCCAUUCCAGUCACCAUUGGCAAUCCCCGUAUUCGUAGCAUGGCAGCAAAGAAUGUAAGCGUGGACUUUCUGGUGCAUAUAUAUGGAUUGACAGGUGUUGCAGAUGCAAUCGGGGAGGAUGAGCAGCCAACAGAGGAGGAGGAGGAAGAGGAGUUGCUUCCUGAUGAAGAGGACGAUGAGAUGGCGGAUUUCAUUGUGGAAGAACAAGCUUUUGAUGAGGACGGCCAGCCUGUGCGACGUAGAAAAUCGAAGGGAAGCAGCUUUGGCCGGGUAGCUGGAAUUUCGGCGACUGCUCUUCAAGAAGCACAAGAGAUUUUCGGCGACGUUGACAGCAUGUUGCAAAACCGGAAGACAAUGGGAGAGGUGUCUGAAAGCUAUGAAGAAGAAGAUAGCAUGGGUGAAGAAGAUAGUGCAGCAGAGCGAGAAAGAAAUAUGAGGAAAAGCCUGAAGGCUGUCGCCAAGCGCUUUGAUCCCUCCAUGGUUGAAGAGAAAUUCCUCACAGAGAAAGACAUGAAGAUACGGUGCAUUGACAUUCCGGAACGAAUGCAGUUGUUGGAUGAAGUGAUUGGGCCAGCUCCAGACUCAGAGACAUUUCAGAAAGAGGCAGAGUGGAUCUAUGACCGCGCAUUUGGCCACUUGGCGACCCCUCCUCGACUAGAAUUUUCAAGGAUCGCCAACUCCAGCAAAGCCGAUGUCGUACAACAAAUUGUUGAGGUUCUGACUCAGCUCCAUGAGGAGAAAUAUGAGAUUCCAUUUAUAGGUAUGCAUCGCCAAGAACUAUGUCCAAGCCUGCUCGUUGAUGAAGAAUUUGAAGGAGAUGAUAGAGAAAGGAGGCCAAAACUGCGGAAGUAUGAGGCCUUGUGGACAGUCCAUUACUGGGACAAGAAAUGGCGCGCGAUGCAAACACGAAAGACAUAUCUCCAUAAAACUUAUGUUCAGCAGAUGAGGGUUGAGGAGGAGAGAGAUCCAGAGAAGCUAGAUUUGCUUGAGAAGAUAAUGCAAAUGAUGAUCGACGCGCAAUCGGAAGCAGCACUGGAUGACGUCGAUGGGGAGUUCCGUCUCCACUUUGACGUCGAUGAAGCUGGAACAGCUGAGAUGCAGACAUCAUUGUUCAAGAGACCAAGAAGGCGAUCCCGUUAUGAGAUUUAUCGAAAGGAGGGUUUCACAGAAGUGGCCAAACAGUUUGGCCUGUCCGCCGAGCAAUUGGGAGAGAACAUGCAGGCUAUGUACAAGCGCAAUGAGCCGGAGGAUGAUCAACGAACACCAGAGGAAUUUGCGUUGGCAUAUGUCACAAAGGAUUUCACCGAACCGCAGUCAGUCCUUUCAGCUGCAAGACAUAUAGCUGUUGUCGAGAUAAGUACAGAGCCAUCUGUCCGAGAUUAUGUGCGGAGCAUGUUCGCUGAACGGGCUGUGGUUAGCACCAAGCCUACGGCAAUGGGACUGCGUGCGAUGGAAAACCCAUGGGGCCACCGCUACCAUAGAGUGAAGCAUCUCGUGAACAAACCAGUACAUCUAUUUCAAGAUGUGCAAUGGUGUCUAAUUGAAAAGGCAGCCGAAGAAAACUUGAUCACGGUCUCCCUGGGAGUCCCAGCAGAUGUUGUAGAUGGGGCCAUGCUUCAGAUUUGCACGUCUUCGUGCCUUAACGAGGGGCCCCUUGUCCUUGUACAUGUCCAGGGACUGGCAGGAAGGUCAAGGCAAUGGAUCAGUAAACAGGUGGGGGAGAGUGUGUGGCAGAAGGUGGCCAUGGCUCCUUAUCGACCAAAGGGAAAUUAUGAGGAGGAAGUGGUCGAGGAGAUGCCGAAGGUGAUGGCUUGUUGCUGGGGCCCGGGAAGACCUGCUACAACUUGUGUUAUGCUUGACGUCAAUGGCGAAAUUUCAGAUGUCUUGUAUUGCGGCUUCUUAGUCAAAAGAAUUCGAUCUCCAGUGGCCGACGAAAAGCAGGAAAAGGAUCGAAAACGACUCCUGUCAUUCAUUCUCCGCUGGCAGCCUCAGCUAAUUGCUGUUGGGGCCGCAAACAUGUCAAGCAAACGGCUGAAGACAGAAAUAUCAGAGGUUAUAUUCAAAAUUGUCGAGGAACAACCUCGCGGGCUUGAGGAUGCUCAGGAUAUUCCUGUUGUUUAUGCUGAUGAAGCUCUUGGUUUCUUGUUUGAGAACUCAUCAGUGGCCAAACAGCUAUUGUCUGCGCAUCUACCCAUGGUGCGCCGAGCAACUGCAGUGGGCCGUCUCGUGCAGAAUCCCUUAUCUCUGAUUGCGUCGCUGUGUGGGACGAAGAAAGAGGUUUUGUGCUACAGCUGGCACCCCGUGCAGGACCUUAUUUCCCAUGAUGAGAUGAUGGAAGCCAUCGAGCAAGUCAUGGUGACAGUAACAAGCCAGGUUGGAAUUGACAUCAACAUGGCCAUUAAACAUGAGUGGCUAGCCUCCACUUUGCAAUUCGUUCCUGGGCUUGGACCUCGGAAAGCCAUGUGGUUGCUCCAGGGUCUGAAUCGCCAGGGACGGCUUACCAGCAGGAAGGAAUUCCUGAACUUCAUUAGCAAUGAACCGGGAAUGCGACCACUUGUAUUCUUCAAUUGUGCUUCCACUAUCCGGGUGCGAAGCUCUGGAAGCGCUGCCAACAGCAAUCAUUUCAUGGACCCAUUAGAAGACACAAGGAUUCAUCCGGAAUCGUACCAGUUAGCGUCGCGACUUGCAGAGCACGUGUGGUUGGAAGAACAAGGCAUGACAAGGGACGAAAUGGAAGAAGAAGAGCUGGAAAUGGCUGUCGGAAAGGUGAAGGAGAACCCCGAACUUCUCGCUAAUUUCGAUAUCGACGAAUUUGCGAAUGGGAUGAUGGAAACGGGUGAGGGGAGGAAGAUAGAGACAUUGCUGCACAUUAAAUCGGAGCUAAUGCAUGGUUAUAUCGACUGGAGAGUGCCGUAUCACCCUCCAUCAGAAGAGGAGGAAUUCUACAUGGUCACAGGAGAGUCAGAACAGACCUUGUGGGUUGGCAAACUUGUUCAGGCGAGGGUACGGAAGAUUCAAGAGAAGAGAUUGAUGUGCGUGAUCGAGUCUGGAAUGUUGGGGUUUGUUUACAAGGAGGACUUCAGCGACGAUCAGAGUGAUGAACUUUUCAGAAAGAUUGUGGAGGGUAGUUUCAUUAUGUGCAGGGUGAAGAACGUCAACGUGCACAAACAACAUGUGGACCUCACAUGCAAGGGCAGCGAUUUGCGAAGUAACCGGUGGAGCUUUAUGGGGCGCGAGCCCCGUGAUCCGUACGCUGGGAGGGAUCAAACACUGGUACAGGAAGAGGAAGACAGAGCGAGGAAGAAAAUGGAGGAGAUGCAAAAGAGUUUCAAGCCACGGAUGAUCGAACACCCACUGUUCCACAAUGUAUCCCUUACAAAGGCAACAGAGUUGCUGAUGGAGAAGGAGGUCGGUGAAGUGGUCAUCCGGCCAAGUAGCAAAGGACCCACUCAUCUGUCCAUCACUCUCAAGUUCUUUGAGGGAGUGUACACGCACAUCGACAUCAAGGAAACCGGGAAAGACGCCAAAGACCCGAUCGGCUUAUUGGGAAUAGGGAAGCUGCUCACCAUCGGCACCAAUACCUUCGAAGAUCUGGAUGAGGUGGUCGCGAGGUAUGUAGACCCCCUUGUCACAUACAUCCGCAUGAUGCUGAAGUACCGCAAAUUCAGAAGGGGCACACUGGCAGAGAUCGACACGCAGCUGAAAGCAGAGAAGACAGAGAAACCUGGGAUCAUUCCAUACUAUGUGAGUAUCUGUUACGAGCAUCCAGGCGCUUUCACACUCUCAUAUGUGCGAAAUGUGAAUCCUCAUCAUGAGUAUAUUUCUGUAUCCCCAAGUGGCUUCCGUUUCCGGAAGAACAACUUUGACAACCCCGAUGAUCUGAUCAAAUGGUUCCAACGGCACUUCAACGAUGGCAUAGCCGAGUUGCCAGCGCGUCGGGCUGUGGCGGCAAUUGUCCCGUCGCAGCCAGGAACUCCUGCUUCAACAAGUUCAGGGCUGAGAGCCGAUUCGCAGACAUCAUGGGGGGGUGUACCUGCAUCUCAGGAGAGAGGUCGAGUACCCCAAGAAUGGACUCACGAUCCACCAGAAAAGGACAGUGCAGGACAGAGCUCAAGUCCCAGGCGUUCGAGCAAAGGCAAAAGCUCCAGCAAAGAUGACGAUCGCAGUAGCUCAUGGCCUGCUGUGCCUCCGCCACCAGUUCCGCCUGCCCGUGAUCUGCGUUCAUGGGGUUCUGAGGACGAGGAUAUGACCCCGGACUCAUCAGCAGAGGACUCGGAAACAGGUAGUGGUGCAGAAUGGGAAGGAGAUGGAUGGGAGAGGCCAAGCGGUGAUGGUGUUGGUGGCAGUGGAGCCCAAUGGGGAGGAGGAGGCAACUGGGGUCCCUCAACAGGUUUGGAUUACCAGAAGGGGUGGGGAAGUCUCCCUGUCAGAGGGCCACAAAGAGGUGAAUAUGAUGGCCCACAUGGCUGGGGACGCGGAGGUAAGAUGGAUGGCGGAGAUGGAUGGGGGACCAGAACCGCUGGCUUGGGUGGUGGCUGGGGUGCUCCUGGCUAUGGGCAUAAAGAGGGAGAAACAGGCAUGGGACAAGAUGAAGACAAGUGGGACUCGUGGAGAUAUGGGGACCGGUUGGGGGAUGGCAGAGGGGGAGAUGGUGGCAACGGUGGUUGGGGUCAUGGCAACCAGCUUGGAGGGAGGCGAAUGCCAGUUGGAGUAGAGGGUGGGGGUGGAGGUUGGAAUGCGACACGAGCACCCAGAGGAAGAGGACAGAACAGGGGCUCAGAGUGGCAUGGAAGCAAGUGGGGCUCUCACAGUGGGGGAAGUGGGGGAAGUGGGGGUAGCUGGGGAUCUGGUGGGGUUUCAAGAAGGUUCCGGGGAGGGCCAUCAGGUCGGGGAAGAGGGCGUGAUCGGUUUGGUGGUAGAGGCCCUGGCGAUAAGUUUGGUGUUAGAGGGCCUGCUGACAGGUUUGGUGGUAGAGGUGCCGGUGACAGGUUCAGUGGUAGAGCGCCACCUGACGGAGGUGGUUGGGAAAGAGGAGAAAGUCGGCCCUGGGGAGAUGGAGAGCAUGGUGGAGCUUGGGCGGAGAUGGAAGCCAAUCCAAACACAGGUAGGAUGGGAAGUGAUGCGGGCGGCAGAGGGAGCGGGUGGGGUUCUGGAAGAGGUAGUCAAUGGGGGGGAGGAGGCACGCAGUUCCGGAGUGAAGGAGGCAGAGAGAACAUGGGAUUUGGCGGCGAUGGAGAGAGUGCAUGGGCUCAUGACAACAGGUCAAGAGAUGGGGGCAGAUUUGGUUGGGGCACAGGUCACAGCGGACAAAAUCUUGGGAGGGGAAGUCGCCCGGGAGCUCCUUUGAGAGUGGGCAGUGGAGAAACUGGAGGGAGGUGGGGAGGACCUGGAGGCGCAAAUAUAGAUGGAGGGGGCAGGGGAUCCGGCAGGGGAUCCUAUGGAGACUCUUGGCAAGGACACACCAGGGAUGAGAAGAUGAACCCAACUGUGGAGGAGAUAAGGGAAAGCAGUGAGGGAAGUGGAGGUGGUCCAGACUCCAGGACGAGUGGAGACGUGGAAAGAGGUGGCCGGGGUUACAGCACUGGUCAUGGGGAAGGGCGAGGAGGGCAUGGAUGGGGAGGCAAUACAGACAUGAAGUCUGGGAGGGGCGGAAGGGGAGGUGGUGCCAGACGUCGAGGUUCAACAGGAAGAGGUGGCAGCUGGGGGUCCGCUGAGAGAGGAUGGCGAAACCCUGAAAGGCAAGGCAGCACUGGUGGUUCUUGGGAGGGGGGCCAGCAUAGGGACAGCGAUGGUUUAGCAGCUUGCUCGCCGGCUGAGGGUCAAGAGUGGCACCAGACGCCACCAGGAGGGGAAGAACCGCCCCCUCCUCCUAGUUGGCCAAACCAGGAAGGUGAUGGUGUUUGGGGGUCUGAUUUCCGUGCUACUCAAGGAGGAGGAGGAGGAGGAGGAGGAGGAGGAGGACGAGGAGGAGGAGGGGGAGAAAGGGGGUUGACAAUGGAGCAUGACUGGAAUGCAAAAGGUGGACAUCAGUUAACCGAAGGCGUGCAGAAAGAGGGAUGGGGAGGGAAAGCUAGCGUGGAUGAGAGACCAGGUGAAUUGCAAUCCAAAAAUACUGCUGAUGAAGGAUGGGGUUCCAAAGGUAGUGCUGAUGAAGGAAGGGGGUCCAAAGAUAGCGCUGACGGUGGAUGGGGUACCAGAACUAGUGCUGAAGAAGGCCCUACGAGUACAGGAGAUGGUGAUGGGUGGGGGACUAAAACAAGUGCAGAUGAAGGGGGGCCAGCUGGAGGAGAGAGUUGGGGGAGGGGAGAGGGUGGAUCAUGGCCUACAGCACACCAAGGCAUGGUGAACAGAGAAGGCGAAGGUGGUUGGGGAACAGAGAGUAGUGCUGGCCCAGGCAGUGGAUGGGGUGAAGGUGGUGGGCAAGGCUUGGGCUGGUCCAGCAAUCCAGGUGGUGGUAGAGGGUGGGGCUCUGACGCCUCAGCUGAUGCCGUCCGUGCAACUCCCCCAGUUCCUCUUUCCGCCCAUCUUUCCGCGGCUGCACUGGCGGAGUUGAGGAUCUUCCAAGCUAUGGCAGGGGUAGGAGAAGUGAGCACUGUGGCCAGAUGUCGCACGGACGACGUGGAGAGCUGUGAUUGCCACAUUAACGGGAAUAAGAGCGGGGCUGAAGAACCACUCCCAGUAGCGGAACGUGAACGUGGUCCGAAUUGCGUUCUCUGCGCGGAGACGGCAGCAAUCGUGUGCGCGACCAAGUUCACGCGAGUGCUGUGGGGCGUCGGGACGAGCGGUGCGAGCAGCAAGGUCGCACACGUCACCGUUUUACCGAAGCGCCACGUGGCAUCGGUCUCCGACUGCCACGUGGACGAGUUGCUGGAACUGAUGAGGGUGGCCCAUUUGGCGGGCCUAGCACUGUACGAAGGGUUCUUGAAGGGCUCCACGUGGGCUCGGCAUGCGGGCCCCUCCCCUAGUUUCAACAUGGGAUUCAAUCAUGGCCCUUGGUCGGACGAUGCCUUGGUGCAAUCGGAGGGCGGGAUGGACCACCUCCACAUCCACGUGGUCAAUCGCAGCGAUGGAGAAACGAACUUCAUGUGGUGGACGGCGCGCAGCACCAUUCUGCACAUCCAGGAGUCGAGGGUUCGAGACUGCGUGCAAGCGGUCCUUAGCGAAAUGUUGACGUCAUCAGGAAUAACGGCCAAGGUCGCGGGAUCGAACCCUUUGUCGGCGGCGGCUCCUCCUCGCUCUCUUUAUCCUCCAGCCGGAUCGUCCGCCGACGGAGAGAAAGAGAGAGCGAUUGCAAUCCUCGGCGUGCCGUCGAGAGAGGAGGGGGAAACGGAGGAAAAAGUGGCGUGCAGGCUCGACACGUGGCAGCACGAGGAGGGAGGGAAAGGACAGGGCGACACGCAGAGGGAGGAGGACGAGGACGAGGAGGGGGAAAGGAGUACCAGUAGUACGACUUGUCCUUUGUGUAGGGAGCGCGACGAGCUGGCAAGCAGCAACCACGGUCGCGUUCUCUUCUCCACAAAACCUUAUCGCUUUGGCCACGUCAUGGUCAUCCCACGACGCCACGUGGCAUCCAUCGGCAGGUGCUCUGACGACGAGGUGAUCAAUCUGAUCCAGUUAGUUGGGUACGCAUCCAAGAUAGUUACAGAGGCAGUCGGAGCUGACAGCUUUAAUGUCGGAAUCAACAUAGGGGAACGGUCGGGGGCUUCGAUCCCAGAGCACCUACACAUCCACAUCGUGCCACGUGGACCACAGGAUGCGACGACGGAUUACUGGCCGAGAACGGCCGAAAGAUUCGGCAGUCUCUUCGCACCAGAAUGUGUGAGAGGUGCCUUCCUUCGUCGUCCUUGGAAUGUCAACGACGAAGGAAGACAGUCUCGUUCAAUCUGUGGAGAUGACGAAAAGAGAGGUAGGUAGGGGACAUCAUUGCAGAACAUCCGCAUCGCUGGGCACAGAGAUGCAGUAAUGGGUGCAGUGACGUGGAUGUGACGAGGACGCACGAAUGAGGAGGAGGCGGAGGAGUGGGCAGAAGAAAACGAAGGAAACGAGAAAGACGAGGAAAAGGCAGAACCCACAGCACACACACAGAGGUGAUAACGGUGAUGAUUCCAUGGUAAUAAUUCCAAAUGCGGUGAUCAUAGGGGGGGAGGGGAAGAGAGACAGAAAGAGAGAGAGAGAGAGGGAGAUGAAAACAGAUCAUGAGGGAGAAAAGGAAACGUAAGGGGGAGAUGGGGGAAGAGGAGGGGGGAGAGAGAGGUGGCGAUGAACACAUUAAUGAGUAGAGAAGUUAAGGGACAGUGAGAGAAGGGGGGGAUCAUGGGGCGGGGGAGAGAGAGAGAGAGAGGAACACACCACGGGGUAGAAAAAAUCAGGAACGUAAGGUAGAGAGAGAGACAGGGAGGGCGAGAGACAGAGAGGGAUCAAGGGGGUGAUGAGAACAAAUACGGGGGAGAAAA